AUUGACACCGGGGCUCCUAAAUCAGCCUGUUGGAGCACCGAAGCUGUACUCGGUAUUAAAACCCUCCACCAAACCAAGAGAUCACCCAAAUCUCACCGGCGGUGAUGGGAUCCGAGAUCGACGACGGUUUCAUCGAGCACAGGACUCACGCUCGCGUUGGAUUCUUAGGAAACCCUAGCGACGUCUACUCUGGCCGUACGAUCUCGUUCUCGCUCGGGAAUUUCUGGGCUUCGGUUCGAUUGGAGCCCUCGAAGGAUCUCGUGAUCGAGCCUCAUCCUCAUCAUGAUCUCGUUAGCUUCAGUUCGAUUGCUCAUUUGGUUAAUAGACUGGAAAGUGAGGGUUAUUAUGGAGGGGUUCGGUUGUUGAUGGCUAUCUGCAAAGUUUUCUAUAAAUACUGUGUGGAUAAUGGAAUUGUGCUUAAAGAUGGGAACUUUACAUUGUCUUAUGACACUAAUAUUCCUCGCCAGACAGGUCUUUCUGGAUCAAGUGCUAUUGUUUGUGCUGCUCUAAAUUGUCUCCUUGACUUCUACAAUAUUAGACACCUCGUGAAAGUUGAAAUCAGACCGGAACUUAUUCUUAGUGCGGAAAAGGAACUUGGAAUUGUAGCAGGUCUUCAAGAUCGAGUUGCACAAGUCUACGGAGGUCUUGUUUACAUGGAUUUCAGUAAGGAACAUAUGGACAAAAUGGGGCAUGGAAUGUAUACACCAAUGGACAUUAGCCUCCUUCCUCCUCUCCAUCUCAUUUAUGCUGAAAAUCCUAGUGAUUCUGGGAAGGUUCACAGUACUGUACGUAAAAGAUGGCUUGACGGAGAUGAGUUCAUCAUAUCAUCAAUGGAUGAAGUGGCCAAGAUUGCUCUUGAUGGUCGAAGUGCUUUGCUUGAAAAGAAAUACUCUGAUUUGGCACAGCUUAUGAACCGCAAUUUUGAUCUUCGGAGGCAAAUGUUUGGAGACGAAGUGCUCGGUUCUCUAAACUUGAAAAUGAUCGAAGUAGCAAGGAGUGUCGGGGCUGCGUCCAAAUUUACUGGCAGCGGAGGCGCUAUUAUUGCAUUUUGCCCUGAAGGUCCUGCACAGGUGAAGCAACUUGAGGAUGCCUGUCAAAAGGCUGGUUUUAUCAUACAGCCAGCAAUUGUUGUUCCCUCUGUGCUUACUGAAGAGGACCUCAAAACACUGUCCUAGUUUUAAAUUUGGGUCACCUUUAUUACCUUAAUGUUUAUUCAAAUUGGAAUAAGAAUGCAACCUUUGGUGGUUA